GCCUCUUUAUAAACGACUUUGAUGAGCAUCCCCUCAAUCCCUUCAUCCAAUUUCCAGGUGACACCAAACCGGGAGGGGUAGCCAGUGCCACUCAACAUGGACUCAGGAUUCAAUAUGACCUUAACAGUUUGGAGAACUGGGCCAAAACUAACAAAAUGAAUUUCAUUAGGGGCAAAUGUAAGCUUCUACACUUAGGCAGGAAAAACCAGCUGCACCAAUAUAAGAUGUGGGACACCUGACUUGCCAGUAGUAGAUGUGAAAAGGAUCCUAUUUUUCCCUGUAACAGCAGAGGGCUCGGCUGCUUCCUAUCAAAGUAGCUAUUGCUUGUUAUGCAGGUAAAGUGCCCCCUUUAUUGCAAUGGGCUGAGGAGGUGAGGCUAUGGUUUUAAAUAAGUUGUGAUUGGGUCUGAGUAUGGCCCCUUUUCAAGCUACACCCUUUUGGGUUAAUUGACUCUUGCCACACCCAUACAAAUGCAGGUUUAUUAAAGGGGCAUCGGUAGUGAAGCUCAUCCCCCGCCCCUUUAAUUGUUCGUGGUUUUCUUCAGCUUGAAAAUAUUUUACUUUUCUUUGCUUUUAAAGAAAUAGAUUUGUCUGGCUUGGAGGAGAAUGCAGAUAGGCUUUGUGCUCCCCACCCCCCCAGUACCCUGACUUGCAAGGUUAUCUGAAUUUUCUGGAAAAGAGUUGAGGGUUAGGCAAGCCUGGGGAGGGAGGUGAGAGGAUGUUAUGAUCUGAGGCCCAGAUUAGGACCAUGGAAAAACCGCUGCUGGAAGUUGUGGUGGGAUCCACAGAAGAAGACCUUUGUCAGAAACGCCCAGCGUCUGAGGAAGAACAACCUGUUUAUAAAAGACUACGGAUGGAUUCGCCAGUUCAUCCAGUCGAGUCAGAGGCCUCUCUACCACCAGAGAAGAGUAUGUGGAGCUAUUCUAAUUGUGGGGAAACUGUUUUUUUAUUUAAAUUUGAUUUAAAGAUGGGGGAUGCAGCAGGAGAGUGAUAUGGGUGUUGCAAAGAAGGAUUGUCUCCAUAGAAGUGGUAACUCCUAUUGAUUAACGUGUAUUCAAGAUGACUUAACAUUAGGCCCCAUCUGUGCUAAACAUUUAAAACCCUUUAAACAGGUUUCCAGCAACGACUCUUUGAGAACUGUAGUUUGUUAAGCGUGAUGAGAGUUGUUUGGAGACACACACCCUUCUCCUUCUGAGCUACAAUUCCCAGAGCUCCUUAUAAAGGGGGAUUGAAUGCUUAUUUAUUAUUUACUUUGUACAUUUAUUAUCCCGCCUGUUAAACCACUUUGGCUUUGUUAAGCCACUCUGGGUUUAAAGCAACCUGCUACUGUGCAAAUGGGGCCUUCAAUUAGUUAUUCAUAACAGCAGCCUCUGGCUUAGGGGUCAACAGACAAAGGCCUUGGAGCCAAAUCCGGCCCCUGAGCUGGGACACCUGCAGCUUCUCCAGAGGUAAGAGAAGUUGUGGGGAGAUGGGUUUGCGUGGCGACGUGUCUGCCGCUGAUUUUGCUAGGGCCCCCAGGCCGCAUUUGCUCGUCACGUAAAACUAGUUGUGCCCUUUUCUCAUGCUAUGUCCCCUUUUCUCAUGCUUCGGGUGGCUUGGAUUAAUCUAAAGAAGCGUGAGUGGAAGGUGAAAAUGCAUUUGUGCUCCUCCGGGAACAAUUGUGCCAGAGUUAAUGGAAGGGUACUUAGGCUGUAGUGCCAUAAUGUAUGGGGGAAAGCAGGGUUGCAUUUUGGUAUGAAGGAAACAGUGCAUGAGGAAAACAUAGGCCGUACUCCUUGUUUCCAGGUCCAGUUCAAGGGUGCUCACAUUAAUGUUGAAAGCCCUAAAUGACUUAGGCCCCAACGUCUGCUUCUUUCCCUACAAACCCUCCAGGGGUGUUAAGAUCAGCAGAUGGGGCCCUCUUGGUAGUUUCACCUCCCUCAGAAGUUUGGGGUGGCUUUCAACAUGGAAAAAUAAUAAAAUCUUAUUAUUGAAUAAUAAUACUGUAAUUAGUUUGGGGUGGUGGCAUUCUCUAUGGCAGCCCCAAGUUGUUGAACUUCCUCCCCACAGAGGUGUGUCUGGCUUCUAAACAAUUCAGCUCCUGGCAAAUGCUGCAGACACACUUUUUUACCCUGGGCUUUGGCUCAUGAGAUGUGUGUUCCCAGGGCCCACCCUGUUCCUGUAAUUUUAAUCUGUUUUAACUGUUGUUUAUUUUGAAUUUUAAAUACUGUAGUUGUCAUUUGCCCUGGGAUCUGCUGGUGAAGGGCGGGGAAUAAAUUUAGUAACGAUCGUGAUGUUUAAUAACGAGCAAGAUGUAGAAGGCCAUAAAAAAGGUCUCACUUGAGACUAAGCCUGUGUGCAACUGGAGGAACUCGUGGAUUUGGUGUUGGUUUUCCUCAUACAGCGGUUUUCUGCUAAGGAAGAAGUAGGCCGUCUCUGACAGGAAUAGGCUUUCUGCUAGUGGAAAGACACCUUUAGGAUCCAACUCAAUACAUACGUAAUGUGAAAAUAGGGAUUCCAGACAUUCUUGACAUUUUAAUGUUUUGUAUCCAAAUGAUUUGUAGCUUCUACUCCAGCCUGCCCCACAGCGCCCCCUCCAGCCUGCUCCACAGCUCCGCCUUUGUCCACACACCUGUGCAAGAAACCUUCACGCAGGGCUGCUUAUCAUCCCUUUGAUUUCACCUCAGAUGAGCUGGACCCUGCCUAUGAGUGGCCAAGGGAAUCUUCUUCUGCAAGGCAAAGUAAGAUGCAUGGAGGAGCUGACUAGUAAUUUUUGUAUGCUCUUUGGAAGGGACCCUGGUAUGUGAGCAUGGAAAAAUAGGAGAUCUAAAACAUGUGAUUUUUAUGCUAGAAUGGGAGAGAUGGUGAACAUAAGAAAAGGAGACUGGUCUGUUUGAGAAGGUGUGGCCUACUGCUACGCAUUCAAGGGAAUGAAGUGGGAAUGAACUGCAUCAGAUUACAGGAGGGUGCGGUUGGUUGUCCACUUUUGCAUACUUAUCCUUUAAAAAACACCCACCCAUCCCAGGAAAUAGAACAUAGACUCUAGCUGUGUGCUACCUCAGCCCUUUCCUGCUAUGCUGAAUUUAUCAUCAUGGAGAAAUCUUAACAUGGGGAAAUUUUCAAAAAUGUGAUGAUUUACUUGCAGUGUGAAGAGGCACACUUUGUCUUCCCUGUUCAGCACACUCGUUUAUCACCUUGUUCUGUGUAGAGCAGGCUGGCCAUACCUUCCCCACCUUCAGCAGGUAUGCAGCAGGAAGAAAAUCAUCCAGCUUUCUGAAGAAUACCCUCAUUCUAAUGAAGCCUGUUUCAGUUUAAUUUCUGAUUGGAGGUUCUGUAAAUACUUCCUUAACUGGAGAGAGGCCUUCAGUAGUUGCAAUGGGAACUGAAGCCUAAUGAGGCUAAGGGAAAAGAAAUAUAAUAAAAGUCAGGAGUCCUGUGACUUUGACAGUUUGUAGUAUAGUCGAGAAAUAAUCAAGAGGAAUUUGGCAUGAAGAGCACAAAAACUUGUGUGCAAGUAAAGCACUGGUUCCACACUUAGCACCCACUGACAAAUGGGUUAGCUGUUCCAGAUAACUGAGAUCCAUUCCAAACCACACUAAAAAGUAGGGCUGUGGGGCCACUCUGUCCGAAUUCUAGAUCCUGAACCAAAUUGGGCUGAUUGAGGCAGCCCCAGGUGAGGUCCACCCAAAGUCAUCUAGAGCUGUCCCAAGGGGUGGUAAUCGGGUGGCAAGGAGCAGGAUGGAGGAGAAGGAGGAAAUGUAGGCAGCCUGUCUGUGUCUCUUCCCCUGCCCUUGGACCACAUAUAAAAUAGGGUUUAAAACCACAAUUAAACAAUGUGCUAGGGCCCCAGUUUGGGGCCCAGAUCCAGGUCAAGUCUGCCCAGGACAGAUCUGGAACACCGGAUCGGGGGGGGGGGGGGGAGGGCAUGCACAGUCGUACUUAAAAGCCUUUUCAUCAUCAUCAAGGCCUCUUUGUAUCUUACAGGUGGUGUGGAUGUGAUCCCUCUCCUCCGAAGCACUCUGGGCCAGUUUCCUUUAGGUUUGCGUCUGGAUAAGCUGGAGGCCCUGGUGUGGAAGGAGCACAAGGUCAAGCUGUGGAAACUGUGCUUGGAGCGAGGCUACAGUGACAGCCUGAAGUUCUUGGAGGUGUUACCUGGGAUCAGGCUCAAACCCUCCGGCAAAGGGACUUUCCGGUGCCUUGUGCUGCUGGACCCAGGUGAGUGUUUCUCUCCUCCAGCCUGACCUUGUGUUCUCUCAGGAGAGCUACAGGACCCACAGCCUGGCAAGCUUUGGCCUUAAUUUUAUGCUUUUCUAGGUCGUUGAAGGUUUGUAUCUGAUCUCCAAGAAGCAACUUGCAAAUAAUCUACAGGCCUAAUUUUAUUCAGAGGUUGUCAAUGUGGCACCUGCUCACCCCAUGGUGCCUGCCAUAGCACCAUACGGUUCCUGCAAAAUGUCUCAGUAAAUAUCAUCUCACAAAAUGUCUCGGUAAAUAUCACCUCAAAAAUCCAUAAUGCAUGAGAGACUGAUUGCUGUACCUGCUCAUUUCCUGUUUGAGUUGGCUUUGUUGCUCUCUUACUUCAAACACUCCCCUUAAAUGUGCCCAUAUUUUUCGGGAUGCCAGGAUUGGACACCCAACUUCCCAUCCAUUCUGAGCAGAGGAGAAAUUCAGUGAGCUUUUCAUUGUGAGUGUAUAUGGCAGUGGCUGAUGCACAUUCUUUUGUGAGGCAUGCCCACUGCUUUUUGUGAUCCGGGCUGAUUUUAUGCUCCUUUAGAUGUGGCAUCCCUUUCAUGUUAUACCACGCCGUGACAGCACUUCCUCAUAAUUCCACAUGUGCCCCCUGGCCCUAAAAGGUUGGUGACUCCUGUUAGUUUGCCUGAUUUAAAGGGAUCUGGGUGGGAAGCAGUGGCUGGAGCACAUGCUCUAAACGAAGAGGGUCCUGUGAUCAGUUCCCCAAUAUUUCUAGCACAAAGGAAUCAGAUAGCAGCUGAUGCAAUGGCCUCUGCCUGAGAUGUGGAAAGGCCACUGCAGGCAGUGUAGACAAUAAAGGGCCUGUAGUCUGACCUGCUAUAAGGAGGCCUUGUUUUGUUUUGUUUUUUAACCCUCCUUUUGAACAGCAGGAAAGGGCAAAAUAAACAAACCCCAAUAUUUAAAAGCCCUCCCAGUCCCCAAGAUUAAGAGUACUCUGUACCACACCUCACUCCACUUGCUUUUCAAAAGUCCUGCUUUUAGUACAGAAUGGAGCUCAAAGUGGUUUGUGUGGGGUUUCAAAGUGGUCUCCCAUCCAGGCACUCCCGAGACCAAGAUCUGCUUAGUUCCAGAAAAGCUGCUGUUGAUGCUGUCUGGAGGUGGCAAUAUCUUUCUGCUCAGCUUUUGUACACCUCCAGGCCACUUCUCUCUGCUGGUUUCUCCACUCUGCUUUUCCCAUGUUGCUUUAGUCUUCAGUAAGUAAAGCUCAGUCCCAAUGGAUUUGCACCGCCCAUUUUGGGAAACCCCUGAGGCUUAACUGUACGUGGGCAGGAAUGCAUUUUAUUCCACCGGGUAUUGUUGUUGCAAAGGCUGGCUUUAAAAAAAGGAGCUUGGUGCUUGGUGAAAUCUCCAAAGCUACUGGCUGUGUACAUGCUAUAUACAUUUAAAGCGCUUUCGAAGCACAUUCUUUCCCUCAAAUAAUUCUGGGCACUGUAGUUUGCUAAGGGUUGCUGGGAAUUGUAACUCAGAGGGGCAAACUAGAGUGCGCAGAAUUAUUCGAGGGAAAGAAUAUGUGCCGAAUGUCCUUUAAACGUUUAGUGUGUGCAUAGUUGUCAGGAGGCAAGGCUUCACUGUCCCCCAAAGGAAGCUGCCUUAAACAGAACCAGACCAUUGGUCCACCCAGCUCAGCAUUACCUGCACUGACUAGCAGUUGCUGUCCAUGUUUCAGUCAGGGGACAUUCCCAGCGCUACUUGGUGUUGACUUCUAGAACUUCCACCUCACGGUUGGCCUUGUUUGCUGCAUGGCUCUCAGAUGAGCUGGCAAUGUUUUGAGAGUUACAGUUGCACAGAAGGAGGUGACAGAAUUCUGGUUAUUCUUCUUGAUGUAGUUAAGCUAGCACCGGAGGGAGAAACUGUGUAUAUACAUAUAUACACAAACAUGAAUUCUUAUUUUUUUAAUGCAAGGGGAGCAUUGAAAUUUGGUCCUCCCCACCUGUAGUCAGAACUGGUGUAGUCCAGAAAAUUAUACCAUCUCAUUCUGUGUUGAAUGGCUGUUCUGGUUUAAAGGAUAUAGUGCAUCCUCAAAGAGGAAUGGUUGCAACACAACAUCAUAGCACACAUUUUACAUGCAGAAGGUCUCAGGUAGACAGUCCUGGUUUAAAGGUAAAGGGACCCCUGACCGUUAGGUCCAGUCGCAGACGACUCUGGGGUUGCGGCGCUCAUCUCACUUUACUGGCCGAGGGAGCCGGUAUAAAAAGCAGCUUCCUACGCGGGUGGAUCACUAGUCUGAAGGUAGCUUCCUAUCUUUGGAUUUCUGUUUUAUGGCCCUUGGAGAUCUUAAGUGUUUUGUCUUCUGCCCCUCCCUUUUAUAGCUGGCCCUUAUCGUUUGUCCUAUCAGCCUGCAAACACAGCAAGCAAGGAACUGUGUGGCACUGCAAGAACCGUAACGAGUUCUGCUUUGCCUUUGCAAGGAUCCUGAUGCUGUGAAAGAAACUGGAUUCCAGCAUCAGGUGGACUUUGUUGAACGGUGCUGAUUUCAUUAUAACAAGCUUUUUUCUCCCCCCAAAAAGUGAAUGCAUUGGGUGCCCUGCAUUACUACCUUGAUUCGUCAGACUUGGGAGUUGUUGGUCUUGAAAAGAGGUGCUUUUAGGGAUCAAACCUCUAGAGGGAGCAACUUCCAUAUUUUUGUGUGUAAACCCCCCCCCCCACAUUUCUUUGGCAUCUUAAUAACCUAGCACUUUUAUGCCUGGUGUUAAUAGCUAAUGGAGGAAAGUAUUUAAAGGAGCUUUGGAAAUGGAUUCCCAGCACUGGAGCACACCAAACAUUUAUUUAACAGUAAGGGAAAGGAAGAUAACUUGAAUUGUGGAAGCCUGUGUAAUUUGUGCUACUUUGUAAGGAACACUUAGUAUGCAGCCAGUGGGCAUCUUCCCUCGGGGUUAUUGGUUUUAUCAAAAGGGUGGGGGAAGAUAGCGUCUCUGAUUAGUGAUGCAAUCGUUGGUACUAGCCAAUAGAUUUGUGCAGCCACAGUCUGAACUGCACUAAAUACUCGAAUUGGUGCAGUGAUGGGAUGGGGUAGACGUGUUGCAUGAUAAAAUAUCCUGCAUCUUAAGUGCUGGAGAACUGCUUUCCCUUUGAUGCAGACAUUUCUUUGAAAGAAGGCUUCCGAAAUCCUAGGAUUGGGCCAUACUGCCGCAAAAAAAUGUGUACUUGUACCUGCCUGUCUCCCCAAUAAUGGGAGGGGCAUCCAGAUGAGACCCUUCCCAUCCCAGUGUUGUCUUAGAGGGGAGACAAGCAGGAAGGGUGUGUGUGUGUGUGUGUGUGUGUGUGUUCCUUGCAAAGUCCAAAACAGCCAGGAUCGAAAAACCCUGCAUUUAAAGGGGGAAGGAUGCAGGACAGCAUCAUGUGGGAGGCUCUCCAUUAGUAGGGAGACGGGUGCAAGUCCAGUGUAAACAAACCCUGAGAUUCUUAUUGGCGUCUUGAUUUCCUGACAAAUAUGAAGCUGGGGGUUCUACCUGCAGGAUACAAGAUCCAGGCCCUCAAAGGACUCGUCUGCCUUUAAAAGGGGCACAAGAGCGAAUAUUUUGCUGCCUCAAGCUCCUCUUCCACUAUCGGCAUAGACGAAGCAACUGGAGAAUCUGCACCUUGCUGGAAUUUUCCCUUCUCCACAACAACUGAAGAGAUGAGAGCUCUCUUGAAUCUGGAUCCUAGCAACCAUAAUUCACUUCAAUCCAUGCUGAUAAAUUGUUCUAUGAUGCAACAGUAUGUUAUUUUUUCCCUUUGUCAAUGAGUCUCAGGCAUCUCUUCCCACUUGCUUUAGGACAUUGCAGUGGCAGAACACUGGAGCCUUUGAACAAAUGGGUAAUAGUCACAGAUGGACCGGCCUUCAAUAAAUCAUCUGGGUUGUGCCUGUUCUCCCUUUUUGUAGCUUAGGUUCAAGCAUGUAUGAAUCUCUUUCCAGUUCCCUCUUUUAAUUUCCAUUUCCUUUUUCUAGAUCCAAUGAGGGAGGGAAGGAUUUCCUUGCCUUACUUUACUUUACAGAAGAUGUCUUUUGCAUGCUGUUUAUCAUCUGCCCUGGGUCAAAACCUCUGGGUGUGUAUAAACCUUGGAACAGUCACUCUUCCUUUCUAAACUCUUCCCUUUACCAAACCAGUGGGGUUCAGUGCAAUUAGUCUAACCUCUUAAACGUCAAAGCAUCUUCUGCAGGCUGCUUUGAUCCAGUGCUGAAAUACUGUAUUUUGAUCAUGGAGGGAGAUUUUUUGUAAUACAACCUAGUGUCUAUGGUUCAACUUAAAAAAGCACACACACAGCAUGAACUGUUCUGUAUGAAUGUCUUCUAUUUUUACAAACAUUGAUUUGAGGGCUGGAGAAAUGUAAUUCCAGAUUCCGCUAGUAUAACCGUUUAUAUAUUCUUUAGUGUCUCGGUAGCUGCACCCAGCAUCCCUUGAGCAGCUCAUCAGUGUAAGUUUACAAACCUCCUGCUUGUUCCCAGUUCAUCCUACACAAACUUGAAUCGCUCUAGUGUAGUUGCAUUGAAGGGAAAGUGUUUGGCUUCCCUCACUGGCAGAUGAAACUUAAAAUCUCACUAAAACAUGCUUGUCACAGUUCAGGGUCUCAUUCUGCACUCCACUGGGGUGGGUGUUUAUCAGACAGAAAAGUCUCCUAGUAUAUUUUAUUAAAAGCUAGAAACCAGUCUUAUAGCCAUCCCUGACUAUUCUGUCCUGUCACAUGAAUCAUCUCUCUAUAAACUCUAGGAAAUAUUCCAGUCUGUUCCAGAUUAUCCUCCCAGUAUUUUUUCCCCCUGCCUUGAGAUUUUCAGAGAGGCUUCAGUAUCGUAGCUGAUGGCCGUACUGGAAUUGUCCUGGGUGUGGCCAGGCCCGAGAUAGACCUGUACUGGCAGGAUUAUGAUACAGCUGUCCUUGUAGUCUUCCUAGAGGCAAGUAGCCAGAGGAAGGGGUCAUACGCCCAGGUGCCAGGUAAACCGGCAUCCUUGGUUCUUCUGGGGCAUAGCCAGUCCCUCGCUGUUUCAUCAGCUCUCUUGCUGGUGUGUCCUGGUAACCCCAUUUCUGUGGAAAGGUUGGGAAAAAACAACACUUCAGACUUAAGAACCGGUGUGAUGUUGUGUGCGCAAGCUCAUGUACAAGUAAAAUAGGCAGUACCUGCCAUGCAUUGUAGAACUCCUCUUCAGACAUAGAUUUCUAGUUCUUAUUGUUAAGAGAACCUGGGUUUGCAACAUGGCCUAGCUUCUUUCAUGGUGUUCUCCACAACCAUCAAAAACAUACUUGCUGAUAAAAAUGAAAUGAACAUCUUGGCAAACCACAUGAAUUACAACCAGGUCUUAUCAAGGAGCCCCUCCACCCCCGUAUCUGUUCUGAACUAUGUGAAAUAGUAGAAAGAUGCAGCUUCUGAGCAUGUACAAAGUAAUUUCUCCCACUACCAUCUGCAUCUACAGAUCCUAAGUUGAGGGGCAGGGCUUCUGUUUCACCCUGUUUGGCUUCCAGGUAUGGUUAAACCCUAACUCUUCUCUACUUAGAAAUUUAAUCACUGCCUAUGAGAAUCCUGAAUUUGAGGCAGAGUUCUAACAUUUAUGGUGUUGAUGUUCCUAGAUUCCCUGUGGAGACUGCUAGGCACAAUAGCUGCAGGAAAGAGGAAGCGAAUUUGUGGUAGAUGAGGAAGCUGUGGGGGAAUGGGGAGGAUGAAUUUGUAUUUUCAAUAUUGUUAUGCUCCUUUCAUGAUUCUCUCCAAAUCAUUUAAUAUUAAAGCUAUGAAAGUUACAAGAUGUAACGUUAUAAAAACAUGACUUCAAACAUACUACUGCACCUAAAAGCACUAUAUCUACAAAUAGUGUGAAGUUCAAGUGGAGGAGAGCAACUUCUUUUUUCCCUGACAAGGUGACUGCGCCUUUACUGUUCCUGGCACAAGGCAUGGGGAAAGCCUUACCUGUUCAAUGGCUGGCUGCCCUGCAUAAAAACAUUCAGGGUUUGGAGGGAGGAACCUAGCUGAUAAGUACAGAGGGACCUUCAUGCUUCUAAGGCUCGUCAUUCUAGAGUUCUCCCUCCCUAUCAUAGGUGUAGCCUUGAUCAAUAUUGACCGAAGGUGCUGUCUACAGCAGUUCACCCAAGCUCAAAGGCAAAGGAGGCAGAGUUUUCUAUCAAUCCAAUUUGUCAAAAACUCCAGAGGUAGGCCUAAUGCUUCCUUGAAUCUUCUGCUCUAGGACCUGCCUCCUGUCCUGUGCCCAGCUGUUGCCGGUGGCAACCAGGCACCCUAUGAAAACAGGGACAUAGGACCUCCCUUGUUGCCCCAAGGAAAUGGGGAACACUGCCCUUGCCUGCUGUGCCCAUAAAUCACCCCCUAAUUCGAAAGAAGGGGGUGAGGGCCCUAGGCAGAAUGCCCCCGUGUGGACAUUGGCUCUCCUGGACGCUGUCUCUGAUCGCGCACUAGUUGCAGCAAUUUGGAAUAAUUAAUUACAAAAGAAGCAAAUGCAUAUAUUUCAAGUGAAGAAGGGGAGUGAAGUCUGCUAAUUUAAGUGACCUCUGCGAAAGAAGACGACGGGCUGGAGAAACAGGAAUAUUUUAUGAUGAAGAUACACCAAAGGUGGGGUAUGUUGACAAGGGGCUGAAUGGGGGGGGGGAACCUUUUUUACUUUCCUUCUAUGUGAUUUACAAGAACCCCUCCUCAUUAGAACCGUCGGUUGAACUGACCCAAGCAGGAUGAUUAAGGUCUGUGUGGAGAUAAACUUUAACCAACAGUAUGCUUUAUGGAGACCGAGAAGCAAUAAGAGCUUUUGGGAAUGGCGCAGCAAUUAAUUCGGAGUCGUCAUCUUGCCAAAGGAUUUACAGCCGGGAGGAAGAACGGAUUUGUUUUCAGACUGCAUUCCUAGUGAAUCUCCUCAGAGGUUUUGAGAAAGGAGGCAGAUUGGUGAAGAUUAAUGACGUUAAGACUGUUUUGAUGUAUGGAAGUGAUGUUAUAUGGAAAAUGUCUGGAUAUGGCUACUGGAUAAAAAAAAUAAUAUCCACGCAGGAUUACAAACUGUUCUAACCAGCUUGUGGAGACUAUCAGAGGUCACAAAGAGAAAGGAAAAAUAUAUGAAAAUAACAACAAGAGAUGUGGAAAAAUAAUAAGAAAGGACUGGAUAGUACUGUGAACAUCAUAAGGUUAGAUUUGUGGACAUUAAAACAGCAGUAAGAAGCAAGAAGUUGAUUGGAUCCCUUCGGAACUUGAAAUAUGGGUACCGCCAACAAAAAUUUAAAAUUCGGCUCUGUAAUUUGGAAUUUAUGUAAUUUGGUUUGAUUUGAUGUGAUUGGUCGGUUAAUAAAAAAUUAUUCUUAAAAAAAAUGAAAACAGGGACAUAGGAGCUGAGGUCUGGGUACCACCAGCAGGGUCUGCUCAACACAAUUUAGUACUCAAGGCAGAAGAUGCCCAUUACCCGUUCUCAUUAUGGAAUAUAAUCUGUCAUCCUAUAAUAACCAGGCAUUUCCUUUUCAACGAGGUUUGUGGGUCAGAUUAGUCUGCUUCCCACUCUUCCCUCUUUAAUAGUACCAAGAUGAUAUCUGCCACUUUUCUGGCCACCAGAAAGUGCUAAGAGCUAGUGUUUGGUCUGUGUGUGGGACUGAAAUCUAAGGUUGCCACAUUUUAACAGGCCAAGCAUUGUUAAUUAAAGCAAGGCCACACCUUGUUUUUACCACCUGUUGGCCAGCUGUUAAAGUCACCAAGUCUGUCAAAUAAAACAGUUGUGGUGCAGAGGUUGAGCCAUGAUUUGGGAAGGCCUCACUUUCAAAUAUGGCCUCAUCAAGUGGCUCUGGCCAAACCCCACUCAGCCCCACCCCAAUCCCUGCAAUCUAAGGAUGCUGCUGGCCCAUCAUUUCAGGGCCAUUGCAAUGAUUACAAAAAUGUAUGUGACAUUCUUUGAACACUUGGAAAUGCUAUAAUGCUAAGGACAAAGUCCCAUCUCAGCCAGAGGCUUACAAGUAGGCCUUGGGGAAGUCAUAACCUUUUAGGGCUGUUUUCAAGCACCCUGGCUCUAUCCUUACACAAUCACCAUGUACCUACUGGGCCGCUGGCCUCUUCAGAAACUUGAUUUUGGUUAGGAAGUAGGGACAUGCAUAAUUUAUUUUUCUGUGACAAAGUGUAACCUCAGGGGUGUUCUGACAACAUGAAAAUGCUCUCAUGUAAGGGAAUUGAUAUCCUCACUAUCCUGUAAAUGAAAUGACUGGGUUUGCUUUGUUUUAAGGGAACAGUAUUAUUUAUAAUUUUCCAACCUUAUCUGGUACCUUUAAAUUUAUAUAUUCAACACCCCUUUGUGAUUGGAAAUCAAAAUAUUGAUCCUACCCAGCCAUGGGAAGCUUUGGGGGGGGGGGAGGUUGUGGGGCGGGACAGAACAAGUUGGUUCCCACAGUAACCAGGACUCAAGAUCAGGAACUGGUUUCUGUAGCAACUGGAAUGUCUGAGGGAAUGUUGAGUGCUGGAAUUGAUGGAGAACAAAACAUCUGGAAUUGAUGGAGAACAAAAACUUUUUUUGUUUUAAAACCAUCCAGACUUCAUGGGGAAAACAGUGCUCGAGUCCCCAAAGUGACUAGAAGCGAUCAUCACGGCUUUUUCCAGGGCGUGGAUUUACAGAAAUGUACACUUUGACCUCCUGCAGCACAAAGCAGGAUCAGAGAAUAUUGAAUACUUUUGUUCCCAUGGAAACCUAAAUUACUACCGAAAUGUUGAUUCGCAAGGGAGUCGGAGUUUAGACUGCACAGCAAAAGGAAUGUCUUGAAAACCAAAUGCGUUUUCUCUCACAGAAAGAAACACUGGGGAGGGAAAACCAAAUCUCCCUCUGGAAAUUGGUUCCUGCAUCUUUCCACAGUGGCUGUUAACAUGGGGGGCAGGUGUCUGGGUUUUGCUGUGUCGCCCCUGAGUGAAAGUCUUGCAGGCAGACCAGCAAGCUUAUAAUUUGUCUGGUGCAGGUGGGGGUUGCAGAGACAAAUGGGCAGGUAAGAGAAAGGUGCUUAAUCCUCCCCCACAACCCCUCCCCCAGGUUAUUCUCCCCUCCCCACAACUGUGUUUAUCCCUAAUCUUAGAACAGAUCUGGAGAAAACAGGAAGAAGAGACUCAGGAUAAUCAACAAGGGGGGCAGGGAGAGAGCUAAGUUCCCCUGGCACCUACCCCACCAAGUCUCUCCCCAAGAGACCCUCUGCCAUGUAAUGCUGCUGUAGGUGCAAACUGUGCAAUUAGAGGGCCAGCUAGAACGAAGACCAUAGUGGCCAUUGUAUGUACUGCCCUCUUGUUCCUGCUGCUGAGAGCCAGUCGCUGGCCAGGCUGGGUUCUGAAAGGAAUGUGAAGGUUACUCACAGUAAAAAGUCAUGAAAUGCAUGUGGCAACAGAGAAGUUUAUUGCGACAUCUAAAAAUAGGUCUGCCGGAAAAAAGGAUCUGGCUGAAAUGGACUUGGGCUGCCGCCAGGCUCAUUGCCCUCUUGUAUUUUCCCCUUCUUGUCAAGCAACAUGCAAGAGGGAUCAAGCACCUGCCUAAUUACUAUGGCUUCUUACCCGGCUGCUUUAGGAGUAGAUCUGCUUACAAGGAAGAGCUCCAGUCUCUUAAUUUGAAAGAUGGGGUGGGGGCAACUCAAGGCAGUCCCUUAUUGAGUAGGCAUGCAAGCCUACCAGUGUGGUAUAGUGGUUAAAGUGUUGGACUAGGACCUGGGAGACUAGUGUUCAAAUCCCUGCUUGGCUGUGAAGCUCACUUGGGUGACCUUGGGCUGGUCACUGCCUCUCAGCCUAACCUACUCCGCAGGGUUUUGUGAGGAUUAAGUGAGGAGGAGGAGAACCACAUGCGUCGUCUUGAGCUCCUUUGAAAAAGAAGUGGGAUAUAAAUGCAGUUUAUAAACAUUACCACUUGAUGUGUUAGUCCGGGAUACCUACUUGUGAGUUGCAUGCCAGCCCUCUGUUUCAAGUGCCACGUAGGCAAGGCAGAUUUUUAUUAGAUGGUUGGGGUUGGGGGAGUGGGGUGCAAAACCUGUCCAGCCAUCAAGAGGACAGGUGGUGGAGAAUGUACAAUACAACUGCAAUAAUACUGCGCUGUGGGGCCUUCAGCAAUGACAGUGCCCGCUAUCAAAUGUGGACUACACUUCAGAUAUCUCUUGGGACACAGAACAGGAAAGAUGAUGUAGAUGAGAAUUAGAUGUACUGUGGGAUGGAGACUGGGUUCUUAGGAAAGGAACUUGGAAAUAAUUGGUUUGGAGCAUAUGUACUAAAUGGGGCUGUGCAGUGUUCAGUUUCUAAGAUGAGAAGGCUCAAGUGUAGAAAGCCUUGACCCCUAACCCUAAUGAUACAAUAAACACACUCUGCACACGCCUAGAAACAGCCUCUUCUUAUUCAAGGAUAUACUUGAAUAGGAUAUACUUCUGGUGUUUUUAAUUUAAGAGGGUUAAAGGAUCCCAGGAUCCUUUCCUCUAAUGCACAGGACAUCCACUUCCCAAAGAACCCUAAUCUCCUGUCUUGUUUCUGUCUUGUAUCCAGUGGAGAAAUGGUGUGGUGAAGCGGACAGAGGAUCGGACAGAGAGACCUGGCAUCAAAUCCCCAGUCAGCUAUGAGGCCCCUCUCACAUGGCUGCAGUGCUCUGUUUUUAAUGUUUUAUGCUUUAUUAUGUUUUAUAUAUUCUGUAAGCUGCCCAGGGUGGCUGGGGAAACCUAGCCAGAUGGGCGGGGUAUAAAUAAUAAAAUUGUUGUUGUUGUUACCUUAGAGACAAAUGGGUGACCCUUUUCUGUGUACAAGAGAGUGGUUGUUGUUGUGUGCGAGUUGGGCUAAUGCCAGAAGCUGGGAAUACAGACACAAGACUGCUCUGUGAUGGGCUUGGUUUCCCUACUAACCUAAAGGAGAAGCAGG